ACUGCAUCUGACAGGAUGGAGUGUAGCAGUGCUUCUGGUUAUAUGACCCCUGGUGUCAGUGAGGACUCUGUAGAUAUCUACGAUGGGCUGGAUGUUGGUGUCAGCAGCACUGAAGACAAGUCCCCCGGUAACUCUGAGCGUAACGAGUAUUUGGAUCUUUAUGAAGACCUCGUGGCAGAAGAACAGCUGAGCAGGAAGGCGUCAUACACAGAGCUGAAUUCCAGGUUCCAAGUAGCUCAGACCCAAAUUAAAGGCUUAAACAAGAGACUGGAGCAGCUGGAGACGCAGAAUACAGCGUUGAGCAAAGAGAACCUCUGCCUCAAAAAAAACAUUUCUGCACUUUUACGGACCGCUCGUCAAGAAGUGACGAGAAAAGAUGCCGAGAUUCAAAGGCUGACUCAGUGGGCUGAAAGAGGUCGUCACAGUCAUCAGUCUCGGAUAAAUAGUCUACAAGACCUAAAUUCACCUACCGUCAUUUCUAAAAGUAGGCCCCCGUCUAGUCCUCCCCCACCUCCAUCGUCACAAUCCAAGGAGGAUCAUCGUUCAGGGGAUCUGUCUCAACCUUCCAGGAAAGAAAGUCAUACUUUGUUCAGAUCCACAAGAUCCUCACCUCAUAGCCACGUUAAAAGGGACAAUGAAGAAGCUGACAAAUCGAACAAACAAAGGCUCAGAGGCAGCGAGGGAAAGUAUCCGGAUCAAAAACUGUCUGAACCAACAGAUAAGAGGUCCAGAGACUGUUCACGUUCCAGCAGGGGUGUUUGUUCUUCUGAAAGGGAAUCCUCUAGCAGAGAAGACAAAGCCACAGAGCACAAGUAUGACAGCUGCUCACAGAAACACCAGAAGUCCACAAACGUUCAGGGACACCGCCAACCAGAUCGAGUGAAAAGCUCUUCACGAGACCGUUUACGCAGAAGGCAUUCUUCCUCUGACGACAAGAAAGGGGACCGUCUAGACCGGAGGCCAGAUAAAGUCCAAAGGGCAGACUGUGACGGUGUUGGCCCAGAAUACAGAAAAAUAAAAAGUGACCACAAACCUGAGUCACAUUCUAACUUAAAGGACCGUAAAAACCCUUCUUCAUAUCAGCAUGUCAAGUCUUCUGGUGAUUUCCACAAAGACACAAAACAAAGCCGACAGAAGGAUCACCAAAGUAAAGGGGACCGAGGGCACAAGGAAGAAAGUAAAAGAAGGCAUGACAAGAGGAGCAGUCUGUCAGAAGAGAGCAAAAAACACGAUAAAUCCAAACCUAAAGAAUUAAACGACGUAAAUGUGGAUCUAAGGGCUCGGAAAAGAUCGGAAACUUUCCAUGUAGCAGUCAAUAAAAGAUCUGGAAAAAUGGAUGCGGGUGAAAAAAGCACAGUGAAUGAAAAAAGUUCAGACAGAAAGUUGUGUUUCAUGGAAACAUUGAAUCUAACCCUCUCGCCCAACAAAAAGCCACAGCUACCCGUGGAUGGCAGUCCAAAUGUAGAAAAGAACGACUCGCAGGUUAACAUGGAAGACAUGUGCGUCAUUGAUGAAGCAGACAACAGUGAAUUAGAAACAGACUCUAAAGACGUUUUGGAGCAGGUUCCAGAUAAUCCCAAAGCCUCAAGUCCUGAACGGACUGAUGUGAGAAGUGUCCAGGAAAAAGACAAAAAACGAGGCGACAUAAGCAGCAGUGCAGUCCAACCCAUCUUAACUCACUGCCAAACGUUGGACAGAGACAAAAAUCUGAUGACUGCGCACCUUUUACCAAAAUCUACAGAUGAUAGUUCUUUAAAAACUGAGGACAAUUUAAAACAUAAUGAAGACAAAACAGAACUGGUCUCAAACAGCCAUGUCACUGAACCUGGAACAGUUGGUGUCAUUAACAAACCGCAUCCCAGCGACACGUCUGAACACAUUUCUGGACAUCGCCAACAAAAUACUCACCCUAAAAAUGCUUCUGAUCUGAAUUCUGUUAAAGAAGCUGUCGCUGAUUCGAAUGAAACCCCAGCAGCCCUAAAAGUGUCUCAAAAUACAACCGUAGAAGUCGCUGUUUCGUCUCAACCAGAGGACUCUGUCUUUGAAGGCAAGGCUGAAGGGAAAGACGGUCUUUGUUCAUCUCAUCUGUUUCAUCAAGAGUUCUGUCCUCCUUCUUCAACCAGCAUCUCUCAUGAGAACGAUGGCCAUGGUCUACAAGAUGGCACUAAGAGUGUGUAUUGUGUAUCUAGUACAAUCAGUCUGGAUUCCUUACCACAAGAAGGUGUGAGUUUAACAGAAGCUAUUCAUGUUUUAGCGCAAGUCAAUGUAGACACGAGCACUGUCACAACUCAGCCCAGCUCUUCCACUGACUGUAUCGGGGUGUCCAAGGUUAGCAGUACGACCGAGGAGGAACCUCUGCCAGAGAGCUACAGCGUUUUCACUGUUACACCAAAGAAAAGCUUCAGCCCCUCAAAGAUUCACGGGGCUAACACGAAGACGUCCAGUUCUGUGCCAUUAGUUCACGAUGAGGACUCAAUGAUGCGCACUUUGAACAACCUUAAGAAAAUCCCUGAUGCCAUCAGCCCUUUGCGGAGCCCUGUACGGAUAACCAAACGAAGUCUGGUCUACAUGCAGAACAAGCCUGGACAUGUCAAGGCUCUUCAGAAGGAUUUUUCCAUCAUCUCUGAUCCUACCUCAAAAAAGUUGGACGUAAACAAAGAGAACAAAUAUCCAGGUUCUCAAUCUAACCAUGAAACAGAGAUUUUGGUAGAUGAGGUGUCUGUGCUGCCUCCCAGCAGGUCUGAUGCGGAGCUGGAGGAAGGAGAAAUUUUAAGUGAAAGUGAAGAGACCACGUUAAGUGUGCCUGCUCCUGCUGCCAAAAGGCCAAAGUUAACCGAGCCAGUCAAAAACAAACCGAGCUCUCCGUCCGUUUUAAAGAGAAAAUCUGCAGAAAAGCCAGUUGCUUUGGAAGAAACUCCUGAAGCAGACGGCGUGUCGACACAUAGUCCCAAGAGUCGCUUUAAAACCGUUUGCCCUGCAGGAAGCAAAGACUCCUUUUAUACCAUAGAAGAAAUAAUGGAGAAGUUUAAGUUGGUUCGCACUGAGAUUCGGAAAAAGUACAUGAAGCUUCAUAAAACUUUUCCAAAGAAGAGCUUCUAUGGUGUGAUGGACAAUUUUGAGAAAUCAUUUUUAGAGUUUGUGGAUGGUGCUCAUUUUGGCCAAAUCUGCUUUCAGGCAGAGGAGCUAAAGUCCAAGCUGAAGAAACUAAUAUCUUCUGUUUUCAGCAAAGUGGUAAACAGCGGCAUUGUGAAACGUCUUUUUGAACAGCAGUCAGUUGAUUUGAAGCAAAAGUUGUGGGAUUUUGUAGACACCCAAGUUGAAUAUUUAUUCAAGGAUAUAACCUCAGCACUGAAGAGUCUUUGCAAAGCAGCAAAAGCUCCAGCUGAGGAAAAGGGGUCUGGUGAAGAGAAAAGAGAUUCCCAACAGGCUCCUGUAAAGAAACCACAGAAGGAGCCACAUCUCUCUAUUUCCAGCCUGAGUCAGGUCUGUUCAUGUGCCGUGAUUCCUUACAAAACAGGCCUAGGAAGCAGAGGCAAAGACAUUCGAAUGACAUUUGUAGAAAAAGACAGUAAUGCUGUUUUACCUCCACCGAACCACCAAAGUGCCCAAAGUAUGGCUGAGAACCUCCAAUGUGAAGGUCUUCUCUCGACUCCUGAGAAAAAUAGAAUAACUUCUUUAAUGGUCUCUCAAAAUUGCUCCAUUGUUGACAAAACGGACUUUGAACUCCUCACAGAACAGCAAACUUCCAGUUUGACGUACAACUUGGUGAGAGAUUCUCAGAUGGGAGAAAUAUUCAAAUGUCUCCUCCAAGGAUCAGACUUGUUAGAAGGCAGUGGGCUCACCGGAGACCAAGCUGCCUGGUCUCUUAGUACACCAAGGAAAGAUGAAGAGAGAUUCCUCAGUAUCACCACACCUUCUAAGUUCACGUCCCCUUCCAAGUUUGAUACUCCGCACAAACUUAUUGCAACGUGGAGCAGCAUUUCACCUCGCAAACUAUUAUCCCCACGAGUCAAAGACCAGAUGCGUUUAAACCCAGCGUUGUUUGAUGAAAGUUGUCUUUUAGAGGUUCCAUCAGAAAAAGACCCACUGCAGGUAUCACAGAAGUCCUACUCCAUUCUAGCAGAAGAUCUGGCUGUCUCUCUUACCCUUCCAUCGCCUCUCAAGUCCGACAGCCACCUUAGCUUCCUGCAGCCAUCAAGCUCGAGCAUGCAUAUCUCCACUCCGGACAGCGUAGUCAGCGCACACAUAAGUGAAGAUGCCCUGCUAGACGAGGAAGAUGCAACAGAGCAGGACAUUCACCUGGCUCUUGAUACUGACAACUCCAGCUCCUGUAGCAGCAGCAUGAUGACCAAAACCCCCGCAACUCCUUUUGGCUUCAAGCUUGAAGUGCCAAUGAAAGCGCUGGUGAUGGAGAAGUCUAACGAUCACUUCAUCAUAAAAAUUCGACAGACAAACACGCAGGCGGACAUCUUGCAGACUGCUGAUGAGAACAUUAAUGGAACGUUCACUGAUAAAAAUCAAUGCAGAGACGAUGUUUCUGCUCAGGACAGCCAGGCUGCUAGUUCUUGUAGCAAUCUACCUUGUGGAAACAAUCCCUCAAACAGCCAGGCAGAGAUUAUAACUCUUCUAAACCAUACAAUUGACAAAAACCAAAGUUCUUCUACUCAACAGAACCUGCCGGAUUACAAUCCUACAGAUAAUUGUAGAAUCAGUUCUUUCUCCACUUCUCACCAUUGUACUGCUACGGAUAAUACAAAGAAUCAAGAACAUAUUUCCAAAGUUUCACCUUCUGAGUCCAACAGCUGUGUGCAACACACCACUGAAAUCCCCGAUGCAAGUGAACAGAGCCAGGUGCCUGUCUUUGACUUGGACAGAGAUGGCACCAACGAGUCUAAGAUUGAGAAGAGUUUCACCAUCGACACAAGCAGCUCGCCAACAAAGAGGAAAAAGAAGCCCUUAGAAAAACUGCAAAGAAAAAGGUCCAGGAGCGAGGAGGAGGAGAGUCUAGAGGAGGCAUCUCCUUCCAAGAAAGACAUCGAUUCCAAAUUGUCCCCUGUAGCUCUGUCACCCAGCAGAGUGUCUGCGAAGAACGUCGUUAAAAAGAAGGGCGAGGUGGUCAUGGCAUGGACCAGGCAUGAAGAUCGAACCAUCUUGAUGGACCUCAAGAUGAAAGGUGCUUCACGGGAGACCUUUUCUGCACUCUCCGAGAAACUCAGCAAACCAUCGGGCCAGAUCGCUCACAGGUUCCACCAGCUCAUGAAGCUCUUCAAGAGGCAGGAGAAGAUGGACACCUGAUCUCUUCUUUGUGUGUGCUGGAGUGU